AUGCCUGCGGCGGCCGUCGCGGCCGCCAGGCUGAAGCGGGAGGACUGCCCCCGCACCAAGCAUGACUCCCUCUUCUCCCCAUGGAAGGUUCUUGUCGGGCCAUCGGACUGGGAGGACCAUUCUGCCGGCAAGGAGGGAGUCCAGAGAUACCACACGCGCAACCUCCCGGAUAACUUCCCUGGUCUGUACGAGUUGGGCGUUGCAAGAUCUUCCUAUGAUGGUGUCAGGGCUCGCAGAAAUGGAUCAGGUGUCGUCGUUGUGGUGUACCUAGGGCAAGCUGAUAAUGUCAGGGCUAGGCUCCAGCAGUAUGGACGGACAGGGUCGCACCUAGACAUUGGGAAUCCACUGGCUGCUGUUGGUAAAACUGAGAUAAACAUGCUCGCAGCGGGACCUGGCUUGUUCAGGGAGGUGUUCUCCAGAGGUUACUCUGUCAUGUUUCGAUGUGCGUCGAUGGGUAACAAAAAAGAAGCUGAGAAGACUGAAGGUCAGCUGCUGAGAGUAUUUGAUUAUGCAUGGAACAAGCUUCAGAAUGGUGCUUGUCGCCGCGAAGAAAUACUCCUCAAGUUAGAGCAGAGAAGCCAUAGAACAUCACUGCUUAGCAGAGUACGUCACUUUAAACAGAAAGUGUUUGGAGAGAGAGCAGGUAUAAAGAUUAGCAGCAGUGGGUCUGUUGGCAUCCCAUCUGGCAGUACGGAAAGUAUGUUCCCAAGAGUCCGUACAUUUGUUGGCUUCAGACCUCGUUCAGUUAACUCUUGUGACAGUUUAAACGAGGCAAUUGAUAUUCACCGGAAAUGCACACCUCAAGCCAAUACUCCUGGUAGCAACAAAGCACAUAGAAGGAUCGGAGGAUAUAGGGUGAAAAAGAUCGAUGUUAUAACACGGAGAACUGCGCCGAUGCAAGAAUCCAACUCUGUCUGUGGAGUAACACUGGAGGAUGGUUCUACUUGUUUGGAGGAUCCAUUGGAAGGGAGGAAGAGGUGUGAGUUGCACAAAGGUAGAAGAGUCAGAGUCAAGCAGAGUUGCAAAGUAUCCUCUUCUAGCUACACUGGCCAAGUUGUUAUUCCAGCUGAUGACUCCAUACCACAAGUAACUGCAAAUCCAAGCAAGCCAGAUCAAGCAUGGGAAACCUGUGGAGGCCGGUCCAAAAAUGCAAAGGAACCAUCACUGCAAAGGAACAGCUUUGAAGCAAAGGAGUUGAAACCCGGAGAAGCUCCCAUAGAAGAUGGAACAUAUAGAACCUCUCAUGCUGAAUCUCAGUCCCAGGAAGAUGAGCCUUCUGGAAGGAAGUGGUUUGAGCUGCUGAAAGCACAGAAGUCAUCUGGGGCACCACCCACGAGGGGCCAAGGAUGCCAGACAAGAGUAGCAAACGAUGACGUAGCAACCAUUUGUGGAGCUGUCACAGAUAAAGGGUACUGCAAAGUGGUACCGAUGGCAGGAAGAAGAAGAUGCGAGGAGCACGAAGGAAUUGAGGUCACUGGCGCUUCAUCUGCACCAUCUCCCGGAAGCUCAGUAUGGCCCUGUAUCUGUGGCGCUCGAGCGUCGGAUGGUUCGCCUUGCAAGAGCCAGCCAGUUGCCGGGAGGAAGCGAUGUGCGCUGCAUAAGGGGCAUAGAGCUACACCAUCCACCGCACAGUAAACAUUGUUUCAUUGAUCCAGUUGUUGUUGUAAUAGGAUUCAGUUACAGAUUUCGAAACUAUACGGAUUUUAUUCCAUUUUACAAGGUGUUGAUUUGUUGUUCAUGUUGCUUGUACACAACAUUGUUGAUGAUAGAUACAAAAGCAAAGAAAGUGUAACUGUGUUCAUGGAAUUUUGGAGGUCUAUGAAUGUAUG